GCGGCUUCAGAGAUGGCAGUGAGCGAGAGGAGGGGGCUCGGCCGCGGGAGCCCCGCGGAGUGGGGGCAGCGGCUACUUCUGCUACUGUUGUUUGGCGGCUGCUCCGGGCGCAUCCACCGGCUGGUGCUGACGGGGGAGAAGCGAGCAGACAUCCAGCUGAACAGCUUCGGCUUCUACACGAAUGGCUCCCUGGAGGUGGAGCUCAGCCUGCUGCGUCUGGGCCUCCAGGAGGCAGAAGAGAAGUCCUUGCUGGUGGGGUUCAGUCUGAGCCGGGUCCGAUCUGGCAGCUCCCGAUCCUACUCAACCCAGGAUUUUCAUGACUGCCCUCUUCAGAAAAACAGUGGCAACUUCUUAGUCCUCUUCCUCAUCAACAUCAAGGAUCUGCAGGUUCAGGUACGAAAGUAUGGAGAACAGCAGAAAUUGCUCAUCUCUCCUGGGCUCCUACCCGAAGUACCCUCAGAACCAGGACUCCCGAAGUCAGAGCCCACAGUCACCCCCAAGGUCAAGAGUGGGGCCACUGUGGUCAACAAUGCCCAGUCACAGCCUACAGUGUCUCAGGUUUGGCAGAGCCAGGGCAGGAGGGAAAAAGGCCCACCCCAGGGUGUGGGUGUGGGUACCCAGGCCCAGCUGAUUGGAGGGGUUCUUGUCCCUCAGGGACCUGGUGGGAAGGACAAGGAGCUGGUGUUGGGUCUGGGCCACCUCAACAACUCCUACAACUUCAGUUUCCAUGUGGUGAUUGGCUCUAGGGCUGAGGAAGGUCAAUACAACCUCAACUUCCACAACUGUAACAACUCAGUGCCUGGAAAAGAGCAUCCGUUCGACAUCACGGUGAUGAUCCGGGAGAAGAACCCUGGGGGCUUCCUGUCAGCCACAGAGAUUCCCCUUUUCAAGCUCUACAUGGUCAUGUCCGCCUGCUUCCUAGCUGCUGGCAUCUUCUGGGUGUCAGUCCUCUGCAGGAACACGUACAACAUUUUCAAGAUCCACUGGCUCAUGGCAGCCCUGGCCUUCACCAAAAGCAUCUCUCUCCUCUUCCAUAGUAUCAACUACUACUUCAUCAAUAGCCAAGGCCACCCCAUUGAAGGCCUCGCGGUCAUGCACUAUAUCACACACCUGCUAAAGGGUGCUCUCCUCUUCAUCACCAUCGCUUUGAUUGGCUCAGGCUGGGCCUUUGUCAAGUAUGUCCUAUCAGAUAAGGAGAAGAAGAUUUUCGGAAUUGUUAUCCCCCUGCAGGUCCUGGCCAACAUAGCCUACAUUGUCAUUGAGUCCCGUGAAGAGGGUGCCAGCGACUACGGGCUCUGGAAGGAGAUCCUCUUCCUGGUGGACCUCAUUUGCUGCGGUGCAAUCCUCUUCCCUGUAGUCUGGUCCAUCCGGCAUCUCCAGGAGGCAUCUGGCACAGAUGGGAAGGUGGCAGUGAACCUGGCCAAGCUGAAGCUGUUUCGGCAUUACUACAUCAUGGUCAUCUGUUACGUCUACUUCACCCGCAUCAUCGCCAUCUUGCUCCGGGUGGCAGUGCCCUUCCAGUGGCAAUGGCUGUACCAGCUCUUGGUGGAGGGCUCCACUCUCACCUUCUUUGUGCUCACGGGCUAUAAGUUCCAACCUGCUGGGGACAAUCCAUAUUUGCAGCUGCCCCAGGAGGAGGAGGAGGAUGUCCUGAUGGAGCAAAUAAUGACUGACUCUGGGUUCCGGGAAGGCCUGUCCAAAGUCAACAAAACAGCCAGCAGGCGGGAACUGUUGUGAUCACCUCCACAUCUGGGACUAGAUGGUUCUUUCUCCCUCACCUCCACCACUUCUCACUCCUGCCCCCUCCUAAAGCAUGUGUCGAGAGGUGCAGGAGGCCAGUGCAGAAAAGGCGCCCAGCUCCUUGGGACCGGGCUCUGGACAAGCCCAUUCAGAAGAAGACAGAGAGUUCCUUCUUACCCCCUUGGUAUUGGGCAGCCCUGUCCUCACCUGGGGACCCCCUCACUUCCAACUGUACAAUAAUGGCCAAUCUGUUUUGCUA